AAAAUCCUGCGUACCGCUCGUGUCCGCACAAUCUCGCUUGGUGUUCAGGUAUCUACACUACCUACGUUUUUCCGCAAACGCGAGUACGCCACUUUCAGCCACUUGUCACUUGUCAUCGUCUACGCAUACUUGACAGGAGCAUCGCGGCAUUCGCCGCGUCAUCGUGUCGAAUUUACAUCGGAGUUAAUCAAAUCGGAGUGGUUUAGUAGAAUUGGCGAUUUCGCAAUUCUUUUGAUAGACAAUUUCAUUAUAAUAUCGAGAUAUUGCCAGGAAUCACGAGCUCAUUUCAUUGGCGUGUCGGUGGAUCUAACCUCAACACGACGCCAAGUGACUUUAUCAGUGGCAUCUUUAUUUUCUUUUUUUUACGAGAAAUCAAAUUGCUAAAUCGGCUUCUGUGACCAAUAUGUCGACACGAGUGGAAAUGCGAUAUGAUGAUAUAAUAAAAUCGCAAAGUGACGACCGAUUAUAUAGGGGUUUAGUACUCUCUAAUAAAAUGAAAGUUCUUUUAAUAAGCGAUCCAACAACUGAUAAAAGUGCUGCUGCAAUGAACAUUAAUGUCGGCUAUAUGAGCGAUCCAGAUGAUCUACCUGGAUUAGCGCACUUCUGCGAACAUAUGUUAUUCUUAGGAACGAAAAAAUAUCCUAAGGAGAAUGAUUACAAUAUAUAUCUGUCGCAGAAUGGUGGUAUGAGUAACGCAUCAACAAAUUUAGAUCACACCACCUAUUACUUCGACGUAACUCCGGAAAAGUUAGAAGGCGCUUUAGAUCGUUUUGCUCAAUUUUUCAUAGCGCCACUCUUCACAGAAAACUUGACCGAGCUGGAGCUAAAUGCCAUAAAUUCAGAACACGAAAAAAAUGUAGCUAAUGAUUCGUGGCGAUGUGAUUAUUUGGACAAAUCAUCUGCGAGAGGUCAUCCAUUUUCGAAAUUUGGCACAGGAAAUAGGGAAACAUUAGAUAUAAUACCGAAACAAAAGGAUAUUAAUGUUCGAAAUGAGCUAUUAGAGUUUUAUGAAAAGUAUUAUUCUGCAAAUAUUAUGUCACUGUCUAUUCUUAGCAAAGAGAGUUUAGACGAACUUGAAAAUAUGGUAGUGGAUCUGUUUUGUGAGGUGCGAAACAAGGAAAUUGAAGUUCCAAUAUGGCCUGAACAUCCAUUCAAAGAUGAACACUUCCGCACUAUAUGGUAUAUUGUUCCGAUAAAGGAUAUAAGAAAUUUAGGCAUUUCGUUUCCUUUACCAGACAUGCGUCAACACUACCGAUCUGCGCCUGAGCAUUAUGUUUCUCAUUUACUUGGACAUGAAGGAAAAGGCUCAUUAUUAUCGGCUUUGAAAUCCAAGGGAUGGUGUAACUCCCUAGUAUCCGGAAAACGUCCUGCCGCUAGAGGCUUCAGUAUUUUCAAUAUUAUUGUUGAUUUGACCGAAGAAGGUAUUAAGCAUAUCGAAGAUGUUGUUCUACGGGUAUUUCAGUAUAUUAAUAUGCUUAAGUUGAAAGGACCAAUCAGAUGGAUCUACGAUGAAUAUAGAGAUAUUGCGAAUAUGAACUUUCGUUUUAAGGAGAAGUCUUCUCCUCGUAAUUAUGUGAAUUUGACGGUUCAAGCGUUGCAAGAAUUUCCCAUGAACGAAAUUUUGUGCGCGGAAUGUAUUUAUCCAGAAUGGCGACCGGACUUGAUUGAAGAAAUAAUGACAUAUUUGACACCGCAAAAUGUUAGGAUUCACGUGGUUGGAAAAGCAUAUGAAGAUAUAGCGGAUGAAACUGAAAGGUGGUAUGGUAUUAAAUAUAAGAAAAUGAAAAUAUCCGAGGAAACAAUGGAAAUGUGGAGCUCCGCUGUCUUUAACGAUGACCUGAAAUUGCCUCCCAAGAAUAAAUUUAUAGCAACUACAUUUGAUAUCAAGCCACAAACUAAUAUAGAAAAGUUUCCUAUUAUUUUGGAGGAUACAUCAUUUGUUAGACUUUGGUAUAAAAAAGAUGAUGAAUUUCUUGUGCCUAGAGCAAGAAUGAUCUUCGAUUUUUUCAGCCCAUUUGCCUUUCUGGAUCCCCUUAAUUGCAAUUUAACUUACAUGUUUAUUAAGCUGUUUCGUGAUUCUCUUAACGAAUAUACAUAUGCUGCUGAUUUAGCUGGUUUACAAUGGGAACUUGGUAAUUCUGAAUAUGGAAUAACACUCUCUAUAAGUGGUUAUGACAAUAAACAACAUGUGCUGUUAGAAAAACUCAUGGAUCGAAUGAUAAAUUUUAAGGUUGAUCCAAAGAGAUUUGAAAUCCUAAAGGAAAAAUAUAUUAGGAACUUGAAAAACUUUGCUGCUGAACAGCCUUAUCAACAUGCUGUUUAUUAUCUUGUAGCUCUAUUAGCAGAGCAAUCUUGGCUUAAGGAAGAAUUACUGGAAGCUACUGCCUAUUUAAGUGUUGAAGGACUACAGAAGUUUAUACCACAGCUGUUCAGUAAGGUGCACGUGGAAUGCUUAAUACAUGGUAACGUGACUAUAACAGAAGCUACAGAUAUACUUAAAUUAAUUGAGUCUAAGUUAACAACUGGAGUGCCCAACAUAAUACCCUUGUUAGAAAAGCAACUGUUAUUAUCCCGUGAAAUUAAACUAGAAGAUGGUUGCCACUUUCUGUUCGAAGCAGAAAAUAAUUUACAUAAAAGUUCUUGUACAAUGGUAUAUUAUCCAACUGGUUUACAAUCAACGGAGUCGAAUAUGCUCUUAGAACUCUUAGCACAAAUCAUUGCGGAACCUUGCUUCAAUACCUUGAGAACGAAGGAACAAUUAGGCUACAUAGUAUUUAGUGGUAUACGUAGAACAAGUGGAACACAAGGCUUGCGAAUCAUUGUACAAAGUGAUAAACAUCCACAAUAUGUCGAAAAACGAAUUAAUUUAUUUUUAGACUACAUGUUGAAUCGCAUAUCUACCUUAACAGAAGAGCAAUUUGAAAAAUACAAGAAAGCUUUAGCUACGUUACGUUUAGAAAAACCAAAAAGGUUAACUGCAAGGUGUGCCUUAUACUGGACUGAGAUUGUAAACCAACAAUAUAACUUUGAUCGAGUCAAUAUCGAAGUGGCUUACUUAAAGACGAUAUCACUGCAGCAAUUACUUAAUUUCUUUAAGGAAAAUGUACAUAGUAAAACUCGACAUAAAUUGUCAGUACAUGUGAUCUCUACGGCAACAUCAACGGAAAACAAUUCACUUGAUAACACAGCUGAUAAAACUGCCGAUUUAUCAAUUGAUAAAGAAGUUAAGAAAAUCGAUGAUAUUACAUCAUUUAAAAAUAGUCAAUCUUUAUAUCCUCUACUUAAACCGCUUGAAAAAUAUUUUCUCAGGAAAGGUGUACGCUCUUCUAAAUUAUAAAAAAAAGUGGUGAUGAAGUAAUAGUGAAUAAGAUGAAUAAAUUUACUUUUAUGCAUAAUUUGUGAAAAUAUUGAUGCAUUAUUUUAGAGAAAUUAAUAAAAUUAAUGUACUUAAGGUAAUUCUUUAGUAAGGUGUCGAAAAUUUAGGGUGCUUUAUCAAGACCCACCCAAAGACACAAUUAUCUGCAUAAUUUAAAUAAAGUAUUAAAACUAUUUUAAUGAAAUGAUAUGAAACGUAUGAUAAUAAAUCAAGAGCUGCAUCUUCACUAAACGAAAACAAGAAAAGUCUAUAAUCCAG